UCAAGAUAAAUUCAAAUUGUAUUUAAAGUAAAGUCAGCGUUAGUUAAGGCAGUUUUUGACAUGUUAAUCUUGAUGUGUUUUAAAAGCUGCCAAUCACAUUACUGCGGCAGCUUGGAAGGAAGACUUACAGUGAAGACACAUACUCCUGGAUGUUCACGGUGUCUUCAUUUUGCCCAAAACUAAGGUCUUCACAAUAGAUAUUUACCUGAGGAUUUUAAACAAUACUCAGCUUCUUCCAAACAGUCUGUGGAGCCACGGCAAAGCAUGACUCCACGAGAUCACAUGAGAAAAAUGUCUAUCCUGGGGGAACAAGGAACACUAGAAGAAAAGCACCUGUACAGAUUAGCAAGUGGCAUGGCAGCAGGAGAACUGCGGCAGCGGCAAGAGAUGCUAAUGAGAAAUCAGCUGAUGGCAGUAAACCCUCAACUAAUGGGUGCAGGCCAGCAAAGAAUGCAGGCGAUUCCCUCCCAGUUUGAGCCUCGACUGGUAGACAGAGAUCUGUUGCCUUCAACUGAAAUGAUGGCAUCAGCUGACGCAAGACAAAUCCAUAUAGCGUCCCACCUCGGACCCACAGUCCCACAGCAUGCAAACAUGCCAAACAUAUUGUCCAACCGCAUUUACCCAAGCCCAGGAUACAGCUUUCUGCAACCAGAAUCCAUGGAAGCUGUGGCCAGAAGACAGGAACUGGUUCAAAAGCAAAAUAUUGCCAGAAUGGAAAUGGAGAUGAAUGCUAUUUUUCAGCAAAAAGAAAUGGAGAAAGCCCAUCGGAAAGGACUACUGGGUCUGGAAGCACCUUUCCUUUACCAUGGGAUGCCAGCUAGUCCCAUUGCUUUUCGUGGCAGGCACAGACUACCUGAAGGCCAUCUUCCCAGCGACUUAUAUGUUCAUCGCACCACCAUUGAUGAAAUUCAUGGCAAUGCUAUGCUCAUGGCAACCAGCCCAUACCCUCCAGUCAGCACUUUGCAAAGGGAGAGGGGACGUCGGCCAGGGAGAAGAACUGGAAAUCACAAAACUGCAGACUGUAGUGCCAAUGGCACAAAGAACCAAGCUGAUGACAAAACUACAGACCCUACUUCAGCUACAGUGGAUGAUGAGAAAGAAGACAAAAAAGAAGCAGAGGUGGAGACACCAAACAAACAUGAACAAACAAAAAACCAGACUGAGCCAUCUGCUGUUGCCAAAAACUGUAAAGAGUUUGAACAAGGCUUGAGAAAAAACUGUGCUACUCAUGAAAUAUCUACUGAAACCAACAACUGCAGCAGCACAAAUGAGAAGGAAUCUAAUAGUUCCUGUGCUGCUUUUGAUGAGAAGUACAUGUACCCUUCUGCAAUACCAUUCUCAACAUUACCAUAUGGAUUUCCCGUACCCAGCAACCCAUUGCUACCUUCAGGAGCACAUGGCCUGAUCCUGAACGGAGAAGACAUUUCUUCUGUUGAAGACAUUCGCAAAUGGACAGUUGAUGACGUAUACAACUUCAUCGUUAGCCUCCCAGGCUGUUCAGAUUAUGGCCAGGUAUUUAAAGAUCAUGCUAUUGAUGGAGAAACCCUCCCGCUACUAACAGAGGAACAUCUCCUGGAUACAAUGGGAUUAAAACUCGGACCAGCAUUAAAAAUCCGCUCUCAGGUGUCCCGACGUCUGGGCAAUGUGUUCUACAUGAUGAAUCUUCCUCUGUCUGUCCCCCUGCCACCCGCUUCAGGCAAACCCUCAGAUCAGCCCUCUGACAUGGCCUCCCCUCUUCACUGCAACAGCAGUGGCGAUACGCUGGAUAGUCCCUGCUCUCAGGACCCAGAAACUUCACAAGCAGUAGAACAGAUUGUUUCAGAAAACAGGGAAAAUCCAUGUGACACAGCUGGAUCUCAGGCUGACUUCCAGAUGAUAACUUUCCAGAAGAGCUGAGCUAAGUCCAGGACAUAACAUGUUUUUAAUAAUACAAGAACCUCUAGUUAAAACGUGUUUGAGAAUAUAGCUACAGCCUGAAACCUCUGUAUGACUGGGCCUGAAUGAAAUAAGCUGCAAAUGCAGCAUGAGGAAGCGUGGUAUCUUGAAGAAGGCAUUAAAAAAAUGUGUUAUUACUUUCAAGUGCAAUUCAUUAAAAAGAAUACCAGUACCGUUAACAGAUAAAUCUAAUUUUUCAUUACAGUCCAGCAUCAUCACUGAGAUCUGUCAGAGACUCAGAGUGCAUUGACUGUCUUACAGUGUGUUCACGUGGGCUACUGAGAAACUACAAGGAGAAGUUACAACUUCCACACAUAGGUGACUUCUGUUGAACAAAAUUUAUAUAGAAAAUGUAUAUGGAAUUCACUGGGAGAGUAUGGAAUUCAUUGGGAGAGUUUGGAAUUGCCUGCAGAACAUAAAGCAAAAUACCUUAGACUCAGCAAUUUGAGUUAAUUCCAUUGCUAUUCUAGAACUAAGCCUUUCUAAGUGCCUGGGAAGGGUACACAGGGUAUAGACAAAAUAUACGGAUUAAACCCUGGACAUGAAAAUACCACCUGUAACAUCAAUUUUAAUUAUUCUGAGGCAUUCUUCUCACAAAGGUUUGAAUUUGCUUUGCAUGAUUGCAUGACUGGGAUGAGUUCAGGAGGAAGCAUCGCCAUAAAGACCUUGGACACAGUUACCUGGAUAGUAAUGCUCCUGCAGGCAGCAGGAUUAAAGCCACCUGCUUCCUACCACCCUCUGCCACAGCACCCUUCCCCUCAGCCCUCCUGGACAAGCCACGGAAAGCCCUUUGCUCAGCAUUCUUCAUUUUGGAAGAGGCCAUCAAUUUCAGCCUGAAAGCUUCCUUUUUUCUGCACAAAUACGGUUUCCCCUCACUUCUGUUACUGAUGAUUCAUUAUCUCACAGCAAACAGGAACCACAAAAUAGAGGGUUUAACUAGGGAUAAAUCCCUAGCAUUUUAUUGAUUCCUGUGUGAAUUAACUUUGUUUCCUCUUCAGGGAUUUUGUGAUACACUGGUCUUCCACUUAGGCUUUGGAAAUCAGUAUACUUCCACUCUCCUCCUUGCAAGAACGCUUAUUUACUCCAAAGGACACACAAGUAUUUUUGAUAAAAUUUACGUUCUGUAAAUUGAGAGUUGGUAGCUUGUGGAUCUGCUGUAUAUUGCUACCUUAGAUUAUCUCCUCUAAGUUUAAUUUGUGUGGCUCAAGUACUUAAACCCCAAGAGGUGCACUGCUGUUUAGGUGGUGAGUGUCUAAACACCUGAGGAGGGGAAGCAUUCUCAUAUUUUAGACUGUGAGCACACGUUCUUUUACUUCAGCAUGAGAUAAAUUAUUUGGUAUCUUUGGUAUAUUUGUGAACUAGAUAAUAUGUGAUUAGAUGUUUGCAACAGCAAACUGUAUACAUCAUCUUACUUAUACUGUCCAAACUUUGCAGCCUUCAGAAGGGCAUAUAUCUGUAGUACUGCUUUUCUGAACUAACAAAGCCUUUCUGUAAAAGGAGUAGAGCCUGUUUUCACUGAAAACUGCCAUUGACAUCAGUUAUGGCAGUUUUGGGCUCUGCAUGUAUCUCCAGUUGUACACUGGAGUGUACAGUUUCAGGGUUAAUCAGUAAAAUCCAGCAAGGUCCAAUGCAAAAGCGGGGUAUGCUACGCAGUAAAAUACUCCAAAGUUGCAGACAGACCCUGAAGUAAUCCCCUCCUAAGCGAAGCACUGACCUUUACAUCUGUGAUCUGGUGAAAUAAUGGGAGUCUUUCCCAAGAGUUUGGAUUAUGUCUUAUGCAUCAUCUGUCAGUAUCUUUCAUAUAAGGAACUGUUUACUGAAUACUCAAUAGUGUUCCAAAAAAGCAAAAUUAUAACCUGAGGCUGAAAGGUUUAACUAUAACUCCAUAAGACUGUCUAAAAGAAGUACAACAAUAUUAAUCUUGGACUGGCAAUUAGUUUGCUGUUCCCUUUGUCUCAAGUGACACAAAAUGUGUUAAACUCUGUUCUCUUCAUUAACUUUUCUAUAUUUUUUUCAUGGCUUUGAAACUUAGGCAGACUGGAGAGUUUUAUGUUGAAUUUGGAAAUGUAAAUGUUUGCUUUUUCAGAUUUUGGAUGAAACACAAUUGUCAAUGUAAAAAGUCAUAUUCUGUUUUAAAUGCUUUUACCUGUUAUUUUAAUACGUAACAUCUUGGAUUAAUUACACUAGAAAAAUGUUUUACUUUUACAGUAGAUUUAACUAUUGUGAUUUUUUUUUAAAUGUAGAUCGUUCAUAUACAAUGAGGGAAAAAGAAAAUAUUUUUAUAUAGUAAAAGUGCUUCUUAAAAAAAGUAUCAGGAACACCCAUUGUGUUUAGCAUCUGAAAAAAUUUCUAACUUUUUUUUGUGUGCAAUCGACGAUCAUGUUGACAAUGUCACUUAUCUAAUUAAACACAGUUAAUGAAUUGGUUUUCAAAUGGCAUCCUGCCUCUCCACUGUGUGAAAUAUCUGAAUCUAUCUAAGACCUUCACGCUAGAAGAGGAAUCCCUGAUACGUUUCUAGGUCAAUUAGGCCAGGAGAUGUCGCUGUAAAGCUACCAGAGGUUACCUAUCACCCCUCCGCAGUGAAACGCAGCACACGAGGUACAGGUGGCCUGUUAAGAGCAAGAAUAUGAAGAAACUGAACAUGUUUUUCUAAACAGCAGAGGAUCUUGACUUGAAAUCCCAUGUUCCAGGGAAGAAAGAUUGAAAUCUGGUUCUGAGGAGUGUGACUAUUUUUGUAAAUGGCUCAGACUCGAACAAUGCCAAAAGCAAAGAAAGUUGGGAUGCAGACUUUGCAGUCUGGUACCACUUCUGCAAUUAAAAAAAGCCCAUAUGAUUCUUUGCACAUACUGGGCUCUUCUUCCCAAAACGACAAAAAGGAUGACUUCAUGGCUUCCUGUAUUGGAUGGGGGGGAAGAUGUGCUGGAGCAGCCAAAAUGCAGUAAGGCCUGGACUGCAUACAGCUGUAAAGUGAAAUAGAAAGAGGUUUACCUAAACAGACAUAAUUGAUUCUAUUUCUAAUGAAGGAAAUACCACUGGAAAUUAAUGAUCUCCUAAAAACACUUCACAAAGAUUGGGGCGGGGGUAGUGGUGGUGUAAAAAUUAAAAAAAGGCAUAGAAUCAGUAGACAGAACCGUAUUUUCAGAUUCUGAUGUGUUUCCAGGAAUUAUGUUUAUAUGUAAACAUUGAGGCCUUACUGAUUGUCAGCAGCUACAUGUUCUUUUUUUACUUGUAAUGCUUAUUCUAGCUGCAAAGGGGUGUAGCCAGCAAUCCUAAGUAUAUAAGAGAGCUGGCAGAACUGUACUACUUAAUGACUUUCUGGUGCCUGUGCCACCACUGCAUUCAUUUUUUCUGCUAUGCCACUAAAAUCACAAUGGGUGCAGAUGAUGUAUUUUAAUACAUGUAAGAUCAUUAGAAAUGUUUCAUUUAACAUCUAUUGCUGUAUUAGUCCGUAAUAGUGGUGCAGUUAAUGAAGAGAAUGUGUUUUAUGAGAUGUUGUAGAAGUAUCUGAUUUUAUCUGUAUCUACACUAAAUGUGUAGGCUCCUAGGGACAGGGACUUCCGUUUCUUUUUUCCUUUUUUUUUUUUUUUUUUUUUAUUUUUAUUUAUCGGCCAAGGUUAAAGACAAGAUAAAUAAGAAUGUGUAGCAAACAAACAAAAAGGUUCUGUACUAUAAAUAUCAGAUUGAGGAAAGUCCUGAAAAGGAAGAAACAGUUUAUCCUUCCUACCACAACCUGUGUUUCUGUCCUCAUGAAUGCUGCAUAUGAUCAUGAUGUAGAAUACAUAUUCAUACAGACCUAAACAGAUAAUUCUCUGUUCAAUUCCCCAGGUGAAAAAUCCUUAAAAAAUGCUCUGAAUGUACAACAGUUAGGCAGAAUUCCCACUUGGUCCAAGUCAGGCAGCCAUUCUAAUCAAGUACGUGGAAACAAGAGCAGGUGGCUAGACCUACAAGGUGAUAUUAUUUCAAACUGACUCGUAACCAUGCCACAAGCUACUUUAUAAAACUUAAUAUUCUAAGACCUUUUACAAUUGUGAAUCUUCCACAAAAUAGUUUUCAGAAUGUUAAUUUAUCCUUUGAGUUUGAAACAAAAAAUUAAUCACCUGAAGAUUUUAAAAUCACCUCUGUUUUUUAAACUAAGUAGAAACUUCUCAUAAUUUAGGCUUUUGAAAUACCGUAAUAUAAUGUUGGUUGGUUGUGCAGUAUUUUGAGUCACCUUCAACAUCAGAAAUUUUACAGAAAAGCACCCAAAACUAGAUACAGCUCUCGUUUUGGUACCUUGCUCUGAUAAUGGCAUAAUUAUUAUAAUUCACUAGAAAAUAACAAGUCAGCUCUAUGAUGCUGGCUGUUCAUCACGGUUCUGCAGCCUGUGGUGCUUGGUUUUGAUUAAGCCUUUCAUGCUAUAAUGAAUAGCUAUAGCUAUAUUGCUAUGGCAAUUUCAGUAUAAUAAGAACACAUGUUAUAGUAAGAGAGAAAACCUCACCUCACCUUUUUUAUUUGGUUAGGAUUUGGGGGGUUUUGAGGGGGUGGGUGUGUGCUUUCUGCCUUUGCAGUUGCAAAGCUCUUUUCUUCCUUUGGGAAGGCUUUGCUCCUACCAUCACCUAUACUGAGGCCACAAUAAUUAUUCUGUUGACUUGGCCUUUAACUAGUCCUUUCCUUUGUCCCAUUGCCAAGUUUACCUAAGACUGUAUUCUUCCAGACAGACAUUAGUUCUGAUACUAUCCACAUGUUCUUCUUGAACCAACAGUUUCCCUGCUGGUGAGGAUGCAAAGUCCAGACCGUAGAAAACAGGAACCUAUUGUACAUGUUGUAUAGAGAAUGAUACAGUAUUUUUUCUGAUAGUACAGCAAAGUCAUGAAUAGAUGUUUUGUUUUAUCAAAAUUUAAAAACACAUAAAUGUUGCGUCUCUGUGUGUGUAUUACUUAAAUAAAAAUCAAUCAACCAAAAUAGCAGACAGAAAAAGCACUGCUGACCAAGGGGGAAAAAAGAAAGCAUCAG